CCCCUUUCUUAUUCAUUUCACCUGUAUUCUGAGACGGACAAAAAGACGUCCUUGAUUCUAUUGUUAAGGGUUUGCGCGCCAAGUGACUGCCAAAAUCGUCGCAUGCGCAAGCGCGGGAAAACGGCAGCGUCAGUCGUAAUCGGUAUGGACGCGCGCGCAGACGUAACCACGCUGUCGUUUAUAGGUUAGAAUUGGCGCGAUUUCGUCCAUCCGCCAGGUGUACUCGUUAUAGUCUUUCCCCUUCUCGCAUACUAUUCUUUAUAUCCACCCUCUCGCUCCCUACCUGCGCGCAACAGCUGUUUUCUCGGGAGAUUAGUCAGAUGUUUCUCGCGAACCAGUCGUAGCUCACCUGACGCUUUAGUUGUGCUGAUAUGGCCGAGGGACGUACACCGAAGCAAAGGAGGUUCGAGAUGGCUGUACCAUUGAGGAAUGUUUCCAACACCCCAAGGAGAAGACGGGGAAGCUGUAAGUGUUUAUUCGGAGCACCAGACCGGGACGAAACCAAGCGUCUGGUGGCGGAACAGUACGCCAGAGAUAGGAAGCGGUUUAUAAGACGUUUCAACUUUGAUGUGGAAACGCAAUGUGCGUACAAAGCUGCCAAAUUGGAUUCGCCUGUCAAGUUCUACGAGGAGGAUAAGGAGAACGCUGAUAGUCCAGUCAGAAGUGGAGCAGGGGUGUUGACGUGUGUUGGGAACACGGGUCUGAGGUCACCAUCACGGCGUAGUCCUGGAAGUGCUGGAAAUAGCCCCCGCACGCCGCGCACCCCUCGAACGCCUAGAGCAUCUCGCACGCCCGUCACCCCGCGGACUCCGGCAUCCAGGAGGCAGCUGCAAAUGACAGAUUACUGGACACUAAGGAAACAUGCAGACGCUGCUACCGGCGAUAAAGAAAAUUAGCUAAUAUUUUUAAGUCCACACUUACUGUAGUUAGUUUAGUUUAUAGUUUUGUCAAACAUUUACUAAUUAAUUAAUAUUUUGUUACAUAUAUAAGAAAAUUCCAAUGGCGUAUACCGUCAAUGGAAGAUAUAGAUAUGUACAAUGAAUUGCUGUGGAAUUAUAUUAUUCUUAAUUAUUCCAUAGUAUUGCCAGAUAUUUAUAUAAUUUAUUCUUAAAAAUGUAGUGUGAUGUAACAUUAUGGUCUCUGGUUGCUAAAUAUGAUUUUGAAAAAAAAAUCAAUUUCGUUUACUCAAAUUUAGAAAAUUCUUUAAUAUUUCUUCUGUAUAAAUUGGUACUAAUGUUUUUUGUUUGUAAAUCUAUAUAUGUAUAUAGGUAAAUUAUUAUUUCUAGGCAAACUGAUUACACUUAUUAGGCACAAUUGUGUAAGAGGCUAAAAAUAAAAUUUUUAACUAUUUUGAUAUUAAAAAAUUGUCCAUAGUGCCUUCUUAUAGUUAGCGAAUAUUCCAAAGGAAUCGAUAUUUUCAAAUCACUUGUAAAUAAUAAUAAGACAUAUGUCAUUGGUGCUUAUUAAGGAAAACCUUUACAUAGAUGAUACUUAGAAAAAAAAAAUGCAAAAUUAUUUACAGUAACUUAAAGUAUAUUUAUACCCCCCUAUUUGUAAAUACACCUAAAUACUAACUAAUAUAUUUUGACUGUUUUGUCUUUUUCUUUCCCUCCACUUUUACAAUUUGAAAGAAAGUGACAAAACACUAUAAUAGUAAUAUUAUAAAGCUGAACAGU